AUGGCCCCUCAGCUCAAACCCCACAUUGACGAGCUCAACAAUCUCGCCCUACCCGAUGCCAUUCAGGCCAUCGCAGACCUUUUACCAGGUUUAACGGGAAGCGUAACCCCAACCUGCGUAUACUUGAUCCGACACCCAGACUACGAAGGCGAAGCCCGCCUGAAUGACCUAGGAAGAAUCUUCCUGGACUGCGCUUAUCGCUGCACAACAGAACACGCCUCGUUCCAAACCCGCCUGACCCACCAUUCACUGGACGAGCCAUUCGAAGAACUCUACGGCCAAGUCUUCGAAAUUGCCAUGGCAGGCCAGAAGGAUGGAUCGAUGGUCCCUGAGCCGGAGGAUGAUACAGGAUGUGCUUGCUGCCGUGGGGAUCCAGAUGCGACUAUUCUGAGUGGGUUCCACGAUGGCAAGGCUUUCUAUUACGAGGAGCAGGAGUAUCGUGAUAUUUGGGGAGAUGAGAGUGAGUAUGGGUCGUCUACAGGCUAUAAGGAGGAUGGCACGAGGGAUGUCAAGUUGAUGGCUUGCAAAGAACAGAUUGAAAAGGCCCUGGCGCGGACUGAGGCAGUGGAGAUGGAUAGCAAACUGUAG